AUGGGGAAACAACUGUUUCUUAUGCUCAACUCUGUCCUCUUGUGGUGGUGGAGCUCAAUCCCUAGCCCCGGCGCUUGCUCGCAAAACCAAACGGAUUGGCUAGCGUUAGCAUCCUUCAGAGAUGCAAUCCAUGAAGAUCCAUUUGGAGUCUUCAACUCUUGGAAUGAUUCUGCCCAUCAUUGUGAGUGGCAAGGUGUGUCAUGCAGCAAAAGGCAUCCUGGGAGGGUCACGUCCCUAGUCUUGAGAUCACAAGGUUUGGGAGGCUUCCUAUCUCCUCAAAUAGGUAACCUCUCUUUCUUGAGAGUCAUGGGCUUGCAGAACAAUAGCUUCCGCGGCAAAAUCCCACCACAGAUUGGUAACUUGCUUCGGCUCCGUGAUCUCAUUCUUAGUAACAACUCAUUUAGUGGGCCAAUACCCUCCAAUCUUUCCCACUUCCCGAACCUGGAGAUCCUAAAUCUUGUAGAUAACCAACUUGUAGGAGGAAUUCAUUCCAAUCUUGGUUCUUUACAAAGGCUCGAAUCCUUGGGCUUGUCUAUGAACUAUCUUGUAGGUCCUAUUCCUCCUUCAAUCGGAAAUCUUUCAUUGCUAGUACUCCUAUCCAUGGCGUUUAAUUCAUUGCACGGAGAAAUACCUGAGGAAUUGUCUAGACUCAAGAGGUUGGCAUUUUUCCAAAUAUCAUUUAACAAACUGACUGGCGAGAUUUCACCAGGCAUUUUUAACAUCUCCAGCAUUAACUACUUCCAAGUUAUGGGGAACCAGUUGCGGGGAUGCUUUCCCUCUGAUAUCGGCACUAGUCUUCCUUCUCUCCAAUACAUUUUGGUCGAGGAUAACUUGUUCACCGGGUUGAUUCCGUCUUCGUUAACAAAUGCCACUGGUCUUCGUGCACUUUUCCUAAGAAACAACAGUUUCCAUGGGCCAAUACCCAAAAAUUGGGGAAGGCUAAAGGGCCUUUACGCAAUUCAACUGGGUUGGAACCAGUUGCAGGAUGACUUAAGUUUUAUUUCUUCUUUAGCGAAUUGUUCCCACUUGAAAACUCUCGCUGUAGAGUCAAACUUGAUUCAUGGAUCGUUCCCAAGAUCCAUCUCCAAUCUCUCCACCAGCAUCAACCGAAUUGGAAUGUCCGACAAUCAUAUCCAAGGAACCAUUCCUUCAUCCCUCGGAAAUCUCUUCAACUUGCUCCACUUAAAUUUACAGAAUAAUUUUCUAACCGAUGACCUUCCUGAUUCCAUCGGAGCACUUUACAACUUGCAGCAACUUUCUUUUGCCGGAAACAUGUUUACUGGAGAUAUACCGUCUUCAAUUGAUUUCUUACUACUCAAGUACUUGAAUAUGUCCUUCAAUGAACUAGAAGGACAAGUUCCAGAGGGUGGAGUUUUUCUUAAUGCAAGUGCUGUAUCGAUUUCUGGAAAUAGACAACUUUGUGGAGGUAUUAUGGGUCUGAAGCUUCCUCUUUGCAAAUCACCAAGCUCUAACAAGUACUCUUCAACCAAGGCCAUAGUGAUAUUUGCGGUAGCUGUCAGCUCAUUAUGUUUAGCUUUGUUGUUUCUGUCUAUAUUCUAUUACUGCAGAAAGAAGCAGACGACAACCAAUGCCUUGACAUCAUCAUCCUUCGAGCACCAAUUCUUGAGAAUUUCUUAUGAAGAACUCUUGAGAGCUACUGAUAGAUUCUCUGAGACCAAUGUGAUUGGUAAAGGUAGAUAUGGCACAAUUUAUAAGGGGAUUCUUGAUGGCUAUGCCACGGUGGCAGUGAAGGUGCUCAAUUUAAUGCAAAGAGGAGCUUUGAGGAGCUUUGUCUCCGAAUGUCGAACGCUAGGAAUCAUUAGACAUAGAAACCUAGUGAAGAUACUAAGUGUUUGUUCAAGUGUGGACUUUUGUGGCAAUGACUUCAAAGCUCUAAUAUAUGAGUUCAUGACUAAUGAGAGCUUGGAGGAGUGGCUGCACCCUGGGACUAUAGGACGAGAUGAUGAGUGUCGUGAAUCAAGAAAUCUCACACUAGUGCAAAGGUUAAACAUCGCCAUCGACAUAGCUACCGCGAUAGAAUAUCUCCACAAGGAUUGCUAUCCAGUCAUUGUCCAUGGAGAUCUAAAGCCGAGUAAUGUGCUUCUGGACAACGACAUGAUGGCUCGGGUUGGAGAUUUUGGCCUUGCAAAGAUCACUUCAACGGUGUCUACUGAAGCCAACGGAGUUCAAGACCAAGGGAGUUCAACUUCAACUGCAGUUAGAGGAUCUAUAGGCUAUGUGCCUCCUGAGUAUGGCAUGGGACACGAGGUUUCCACACUUGGAGAUUCAUAUAGUUAUGGCAUUCUAUUAUUGGAGAUGUUCACUGGAAAGAGACCCACCGAAAAGGUCUUUGGGGACCAUCUUAACCUCCACAACUUUGUUCGACUAGCUCUUCCAGAUCGAGCAUGGGAAAUUGUAGACUUCAGGCUUUGGAGUGAAGCUGGUGAUCAACAUCAAGAGAUCAAGAUCAGAAAUUGCAUUAUCUCUGUAUUCAAAGUUGGAGUCGCAUGUUCGAUGGAAUCACCGCUGGAUCGAAUGGACAUGACCAAGGCAAUCAGGAAAUUACACUUGAUCAAGGUGAGUUACGAAACCAACGAGAGGAGGAUAGGUACAUAG